CCCGCUCCUGCCGCCGGCGCCGGUCCCGGCUCGGUCUGCCGGAAGGGAUUUUGCGCCCUUCCGCCGCGGGGUCACGUGACAUCCCCUUGGUAACGCAAGAUGGCGGCGCCCAUGUUGCUGCCCGAGUCCCCUCUGGGGAAGCUGAGCCAUCAAAAAUACAGAGCUAUUCUGAAGAAAGAAAAGCGGAAAAAAAAGCGGCAGGCCCUUGCCAAACUAAGAGACUCAGAAGCUACAGAAAAAGAUGAAUCAGUGUCUGAGGAGGAAGAGGAGGAACUGGAAGAAGAAGAGGAGGAAGAAGAAGAAGAAAAAAAGCUUGAGGCAGAAAGACAAAAACUACAUGAGCAGUGGUUGCUGAGAGAAGAAAAGGCCCAAGAAGAGUUCAAGCUUAAAAAAGAAAAAGAAGAGGCUGCGAGAAAACGUCAGGAAGAAGAAGAGCGGAAGAUCAAAGAAGAAUGGGAAGAGCAGCAAAGAAAAGAGAGAGAAGCGGCACAGCAGAAGCAACAGGAGAAGAGAGAGAGAGAGGCAGCUGUGCAGAGGAUGCUGGAUCAAGCUGAAAGCCAGCUGGAGAAUGGUGUCACCUGGCAUAACCCAGAACCCCCAGAGAAUAUAGGAACAGAGAAAGAUAGAGCAAAUUGCCCAUUCUAUAUUAAAACAGGUUCCUGCCGAUUUGGAGACAGGUGUUCUCGCAAGCAUAACUAUCCAACAUCUAGUAAGACACUACUUGUCCGAGGGAUGUUCCUUACUUUUGGCAUGGAGCAGUGCCGGAGAGAUGACUACGACACGGACGCGAGUCUCGAGUACAGUGACGAGGAGACCUACCAGCAGUUCCUGGAGUUCUACGAGGACGUGCUCCCCGAGUUUCAGAAUGUGGGGAAGGUUGUUCAAUUCAAGGUCAGUUGCAAUUACGAGCCUCACCUGCGAGGAAACGUGUAUGUCCAGUAUCAGUCGGAGAAGGACUGUCAGGCAGCUCUUGCUCUAUUCAGUGGACGAUGGUAUGCAGGCCGACAGCUUCAUUGUGAAUUUUGUCCUGUGACAAGGUGGAAAACUGCUAUAUGCGGCUUAUUUGAAAGGCAGAAGUGUCCAAGAGGGAAACACUGCAACUUUCUUCAUGUAUUCAAAAAUCCAAACAAUGAGUUUUGGGAGGCCAAUAGAGACAUACGUAUUUCUCCUGAACGGACUAAUCAGUUGUCUAAAAACUCUGAAAGGAGAAACAGAACGAGCCAUCGUGAUGACUAUUACAGCCGGUCAAGGAGAAGGGGCAGCCCAAGCCCAGAUCAUUCUUACCGGAGAAAUGGAGAAUCUGAGAGGAAAAAGAAUCGCCGCAAAAACAAGAGAAGGCGCCGGUCUGGCAGGUCAAGAAGUCGAGAGAGGAGGAGGUCUCGCAGCAGGGGGAGAAAGAGGAGAGGCCGCAGUCGCAGCAGAAGUCAUAGCCGAACACGCAGUAGGAGCAGAAGUCGGAGUUCCUCUCGGUCAAGGAGCAGGGGUAAAAAGAGAUCGAGCAGCAGAGGAAAAAAUAGUGAAACUCCCAAAACAAAGUGAGAAUUACUUUUAGAAGUUGCUAAUUGGUCAAACAUAGAGCUGACACAGAAAUCUUUCCAGUAGGGCACCAGAUAUAUUUGAGUUUCAAAUAAAGUGUUCUUGCACAUUAAAAUGUUUCUUCCUAAUAAAGGAACCUAGUUUAUUGUGUGCUAAGCUUCAGAAAAUGAAAAGUUUAAGUCCUACAUAAGGUGUGAAUGUCAAGUACCCUAGCUACUCUGUCCCUCUGAACUGCUGCAACAUCUGGAUGCAUACCGAGUACAAAUAGAAAGAGAAGUAAAGCUUAUUUGGUAUAUGCUUAUUUCUGUGUUAUGUGUGUGUUAAGUGUUUACUGUCCCUGUAAGGAGUUAGUACAGAACAGCCAGCGUGCUGUAAAUUCACACCACAGCAUACCGCGAACAGAAGUCUGUAGAAGACUGCCAUUUAUAUUUUCUGUCUGUUUAUGGGAAAUCUUUUUCUAGACAAAGUAAAUAGAAUCAUGUUAUGAGUUGGAGAAAAGGGAUCUGAAAGACAUCACUGUUUGAUUGUACAGUACUUGCCCAGUAGGAGCUUUGUGGUCAUAAGUGUUGGAUUUUCCUCUGUCCCCUGACUGAGCUGCUGAGCUAAUUGCCUGUAGGGAUUGCAGUAGACUAAAACCAAGGCAGAAGUACACAGAAAAACAAUCAAUUUAUUCAGUACCUUAAUCCUCAAGUAAGAGUGGAGACCAUGCACUUGUAAUCCUCGAGUGAGGAUAAAAAAUACUUUGCAUACCUCUUGGUUACAUACCAUCUGUAGCUGAAAGCAGCCUGCCUAACCUGCAGUGGCGUGGUAGAAGAGCGUACAUCUGGUAACGGAAGAUGCGUAUGUGUAGUUGUGAAGGGCCAAGAUGGUUGCAGAGUGGCUACAGAAACCGAAGGUUUUCUAACUGAAACAAUACUUUACGGUUUUUUUUGGAGGGGAGGACUUGAUUUAAAGCCUUUUUAGGCUUAUUUUACAAACAGUUUAAGGCACCCUGCUGCCUAGCUUCCCUACGGUCAAGGUCGAGAGUAGGGUACAUAAUGAAGUUACCAGGACAAAACCCUUUUGAAAGGACAGCUAUAUUAGCAAAGUACCUGCAACUAGAUAAACCAUUAGAACUAUUUCUUCACUUUUAAAUAAAAGAUUUGAGCUGUUAGAUGGACUGUACUUCAUGCUGCUCAACUUCAGGUAUUUAACUUAGGCACCUGGGGUCCUCAGAUGCUUGGAGAGAGCAGUCUGCGGCGCUGGAAGUGCAGGUGUGCAGAUGCCCUGAACAGUCUGCAGAGAUACCUCCUUCUCUUUAGCCUCUCCAAAGAACUUGGGCUCCUGCCGUUAGAGUACAGUUCAGACCACCCAGGUUAGAAGCCUAAAGUGGACGUCAAGUGCUCCCAGAGAGACACGUGUUACGAUUCCAACAGCACAACAUAAAGUCCCGUAGAAAAUCUGGGUAUCCAAACCUUAUGAUAGCAUUCCUCACAGCAAGAACGUUUUUUCCCCCAGGGUAGUUAAGAGUGAAUGAACAUUGUUUCUGAAUAUAAUAUAUAUAUAUUUUUGCUUUUCUAAAUGCAUACUGCACCUAGCAUGCUGAUUAUACAUUUUCCUUCUUUCAUGUGUAACUGUUGUCCAAUAUGGAGUAAUACAACAAAAGUGCUAUAUAUUGAUGUUCAGUUCAAACCCGACUUUCACUAUAUAUUGUCAUAACUGUAGGCAGAAUCGUAGCUUAGUUCAUUUGAUUAAAUGUUUUAGUUAUUAACAGA